CCGCCCUCGACGUCGGCGCCAGCAUCACCUGCAGACCAAGCUUCCCCGCCGCUGCUGACGCCGCCGGCUUCCAAGCCCCAACCGCGUCCCCAGCACACCUCCCGCAAGCCGGGCGCCAGAGAGUCUCUACUGCCUCCCCAGCACACGCCUGCCUCCGGCAAGCCGGGCGCCAGGGAGUCUCCACCGCCUCCCCAACACACCUCCAAGGCGCCUGCCUCUCGCAAGCCGGACCAUCUCCUCUGGCGCCCGAAGAAGGAGUCUCCUCUUUCAGCGGGCCGUCGCUACCCCUUCAUCGCCGCCGGUGCGCACGGCUACCCCUUCGUUGGAGUCGGACCCGGCUACCGCGCGAGACAGGAGCGCAACGCUGGGCACCCCAUCGUCAUCGGACCCAGCUUCCGCGUGCAGGAGCGCCACUCCACCCAACGCUUCCUCCUCCUCCUCCACUGGAGCAAUGCACAUUCCGAGCAGUGGUGGAAGCACAGCUUCAAGCGCUUCGACGAAAUCUUUCGUAAGUCUAUUCCCAAAUCCUCGGAAGGAUGAUGACAAGCUGCGCAACAAACUGUUUGAGUUCCUCAACAAUUUUACUGUUGGUUCAUCGAAAUCUCCCUACUACAAGGCUCAAAUUUCCUCAAUGAAAAUUGAAGACAACAUAAAGAUGGGAAUAAAUUUUCAGCACCUUCUUGAAUAUGACAGAGAAUUGGCAAUUGCACUAUGCAAUAAGCAAGAGAGGGUGCGCCAAUUUGUUCAUCCAGUCGUGUGCAAAUUCCUGUUUGAUGAAAAGCUUGUGGAUGACAAAGAACAACUUGUGAGGAAGUUACAGGUUAACUUUUUCUCCAUGCCCAAAAGCAUAAAGAAAGUUUCUGAAUUCAUGACCGAAGGCGGAGGAACACUAGCUACAUCUGUGACCUUAGCAGGCUCUAUCACUGGGUCUGUAGCUCUUGAUGCUGGAAUCAUGAUUGUGCAGAGAUCUGCUGCAGAGCUGUUCCGUGCCCAUAAAGAAGGUCUUACAUGGGAUGAGGAUUUUGACACUACAGAUAUGCUGGUGGUUAAUGAUGAUGAAAUCAGAAUUACAAUGACACCGGUUCCAGGAAAGCCUGCCCAGCAAGCACAUGAUUUGCACAAGCUUGGCUCAAUUUUCAUGCCAAAGUUCAUCCAUAAUGGUAAAAUGGCUUUGUAUUUCUCAGUGUUGGCUAAAGAUCUGAGAAACACCAGUGAGGGUGAGGUGACGGAAGAUUGGUACAGAGAGUACAUUAUAGGACAUACAACAUUAAGGCCGUCAAUAGUUCGGUACAACUUGAUUGACAGGGUACACCAGGCGUGUGAGAAAUUCUGUGUCGCCAACUCUGCAAUAUAUACCUUCUUGAAAGAAUCACAUCCUUUCUAUGAGGACUGGAGGACACGUAUUCCUAGUGACUCAAGUGAUGCCUUCUACAAGGUCUAUUGGUUUCGAAUCCAGCCAACAGCAGGUGUUCACAAUCUCGCCAUCAAUUCUGACUCUCUCAAGCUGGUGGAGCUUGUGCACCUGGCUGGCUUACGGCAGCUCACCAUCGUGGCACCGGUGCUCAAAGAGUUAACCGUGUUGAGUUGCUUCUUGUGUAAUUAGACUCGACAACUGGUUGCAAAUAUCGCGGUUCCUCAGCUGGAAUCGCUCAAGUGGGUGGAUGCAUAUGAUCCAAGCUCCAUGCAUCUUCGCAAGAUGGAGAAUCUCAAAUCGCUCAGCACUAUUCUUCUUGGAUAUGGACCAGAGGGCUUUACACUAGAUCCUGGGUGUCUAAUGCUCAUGUCGUGUGUUAAGGUCAUCCAAUCUAUUACUCUCAGACUAAGUUGUCCGCAGGUGAGUUCGCUCCAGCUCUUAUUUCAAUUGUCAUUGCGCAUAUUAUGUGACUUAGAACGAACAUAUUUGAGAAGGACGGGAUUAUCCAUCCAACUGUCCUGUGUCUAUAUGGCAUGGCAGACGAAAUUGAGUCACUGCUAUUAAUAAAGUAACUGAGGCAAACUGAAUUC